GUCGUUUUGUUCAAUUUCGUACAUAAUUCUUUCUAGAUUAAUGAAAAUGAUGAAAUAUAGUAAAAUACACUGUUAAAUGUUGUACUUUGCCUAAGUAAUAAGAACUGUACACAAACGACCGUAGUGUGUAAACGAUUUCCUAUACAAAAUGAGUUUGGAAUCUAUAAGAUACAAAAGAGGUAGCUUAGAAAUUUUGGAUCAGCUGCUACUACCUCUUCAAACGAGAUACGUUAAGGUACAAGGCGUCGAAGAUGGGUGGAAAGUUAUUAACAAAAUGCAGGUAAGAGGUGCCCCUGCUAUAGCCAUAGUAGGGUGCUUAUCAUUGGCUGUGGAAUUACUCAAGGAAGAAGUAGAAGAUAAGAAGGUCAUGAGGCAAGAGAUUGAAGGCAAACUAAAUUAUUUAGUAUCAGCAAGGCCAACAGCUGUAAACAUAAAAUUGGCAGCUGAUGAACUGAUAAAUUUAGCAAAUACUUUAAGUGCAGAUGAAAAUGUCUCUCCUAGUCAGUUCAAAGACAGAUUUAUUUCAAGCAUAGAAGGAAUGCUAAAUAAAGAUAUCGAGGAUAAUAGGGCAAUUGGAAAAUUUGGUUGUGAAGCAAUAUUAAAUACUUUAAAAGGAGAUGGCCUAGUUCGGGUGUUAACUCACUGUAAUACAGGAUCUCUAGCAACAGCUGGCUAUGGAACAGCUUUAGGUGUCAUUAGAUAUUUGCAUGAAUCAAAGAAACUUGAACAUGUGUAUUGCACUGAAACUCGUCCAUACAACCAGGGCGCACGUCUGACGGCCUACGAACUGGUGCACGAGAAGAUUCCUGGUACACUCAUCGUUGACAGCAUGGUGUCAGCACUCAUGAAUACAAGAAAUAUUACAGCAGUAGUUGUCGGUGCUGAUCGUGUUGCUGCCAACGGUGACACUGCUAACAAAAUAGGAACAUACCAAAUAGCCAUAGCGGCGAAGCACCACGGUGUUCCGUUCUACGUAGCAGCACCGCUCAGCUCCAUCGAUAUGUCACUCACAUCCGGCGAGAGAAUCAAGAUUGAGGAACGGCCUGAUAGAGAAAUGACUCAUAUCGGUGAACAUAGGAUAGCUGCACCAGGAAUAAACUGCUGGAAUCCAUCUUUUGAUGUCACCCCAGCAUGUCUUAUCACAGGCAUUAUUACCGAAAAGGGUGUUUUCCCCCCGAAUCAGCUAAAGGAGGUCAUUCCUUUGCAUGAAACAGCCAUACCAAAGUCAUAACCAUCAUUAUAAUAUAGCGUAACCUACGUAAGAGAUUCAAAAUCGCAAACUUGUUAUGUUUUUUUAUGAACGCAAUGUUAAAAACCAUCUAUAGUCUAUUCAACUUCCACUGAGACAAACGGUAAAUCAACCAUAAAUAGGUUUUCAAUAGGUCGAAUUUUAUACGCAUAUAUAAUCAUAAUUAAAACACAAGCGAGCCUUACAGUAGUCGCGUAUGAUGUGUAACAUUUGAAACCUCAUCUUAUAUUAGUAAAAAAAGAAAUAAAACCUACUACAAAAGGAAUAAGCCAUUUGAACUUUAUGUUCUAAAAUCAAAUCAAAUAGCGCGCGCUUUCGCGACUUCCUGUUACACACUUCCGUUCCAUUUCACGAAAUCACUCCCACAAAAUGCAGGAAAGCGAGAGGUAAGAUGUUACACGUCAAAAAUGUGACAUUAAAAAGACAUAAAACUGUAGCUAUUCCCAAACUUUGAACGCGUUAUGAUACUACUAAAUUGAAGAGAAU